AUGGUCACUGAAAAGGAUUAUCAGCUUUCCGAUCCAUCGAUCGGCCAUUUGGUAGCUAUUGCAACCACCAUCCACCUCUAUUACUGCCGGGCUGCAGAUCCCGCCCUGAGAGAAUCUGCCCAACGCAAGGUGGAAACCUGUACGAACUUCCUGAGUGACUUGGCGGCUAAAUGGCCCACUUGCGAUGUGAUUUAUCAAAAGGUUCAAGCGCUCAUCCAGUCAGCCUUUGCUGUGAGCCCAAACUCUAGCAACAGCGGCUCGGCACGCAGGACUAUUUCAAUUGACACAGAGCUGAUGUGGGACAUUCUCCUGCAAAACUCUCCGCGGGUUCCCGCUAACUCCUCUGGGCGAGAUAUCUUUGAGCCUUCAUUUUUCGAGCCGCUGGGGGAUAAGCAGUCUCAGAAAGUAACGGUUGAAACGGAGAUAUUCCAUCACUCUACAAGAACGGUCGAUACCUCUGAUGGUGGUCAAGCUUUACCACCGUAUUCGAGUACCGUACGCGAUCGGCGGCCCUCUGAUGGCUCAAUGCACGAAAUUUGGAGAGAAGGUAGCUCAAUUGCAAUGAGUAAUGGCCCUGUUCAGGGUCCAUUACCACGAGAUUCUUUGGGGUGGACGGUGCCGGGGCUCCAGAAUGAUGUUUCCUUCAUGGAUAUUACCCGCGAUCCGUUCUAUCAGUUUCAAGACCACGAUCGUCCCUACUUGGGUGUUUGGGAGUUUGGGAAUUUGUAA